AUGGUCGCGCGCCAGAGCUCCGCACACACGCGGGCACAGACCAUCGGCAUGAGAAGCCCGCUGAGAGAACUGAGUGGCUCGCAGAUAAACCAGCGGCGCCGCGACAGGGCCGCCAAGGAGCGGGCCGCCCCGGCGUGGGGCGCGGGUACGCCGCGUAGCCCGCGCGGGCGCGCCGCCGGCCGGCCGCCGUCCCCGCGGCCCGCGCUGCUGGCCACGCCGGACUCGGACGGUGCGCAGCCCGGCUCGCCGCGCGCGCGCCAGCAGCUGCACGCCAUGAAGGUCCGGCUGCAGCUCGCCUACUACAAGUACCGCACGAACCAGGCCCACCUGAACUUCCACCAGCUCAAGCAGCGCUACCAGUGCGUCAAGCCGCGCACGUUGGCCUGCACCGCGGCCCUGCGCACGCCCGUCAAGGUCUCGGGUGCGGGGCCCUCGCCCACCUCGACGCCUACCUCCGUGAAGGCCGCCAAGUCGCUCCUCCAGCUGUUCAGCGCGAGCGCUGCGGCGCCCACCGAGCACAUCCACUAG